ACUACGAGUUGCUUUUUGAGGUUAUAAUAACAAAGAUGUAAACAUUAAUGUACGUAAAAUUAAAACCGAAAUAUGUUAUUUAUAAUUAAAAACUGCCAUAAAAUAAAGCAACAAAUUAUAUGUAAAGUAUGUCGCUUACAACAUAGUACUCAGUUAAAAGGAGGUAGUACCGAAAGCCCCCGAAAAAAUGUGGAAGAACUUAUUAAAAAACUCGACAAGAAGAUAUUAUUUAGCAGUUACAUGAACGUGAAGUACUCGCAUCUGAAGUUUACAAAAGGGAAAACAGUGUCCGAGAAGCUGCGGCAUUUAGAAGAGGAUAAUCUGAAGAGUCUUCGUUUCGUCCAGCCCCUACCAGUUUACUUAAAAUAUAGGGAUGGAGAACAGGAGGAUCUUGAAUCGUCUAAAGUCGAUUGCAGUCCUGACGUGGUCCAAUUCCCCUUCAGCGUCACCCAUACAGAAAUUGCUUCUGAUACUAAUGGACAACCUGAGGAUUUGUUGGAAACCGAAGCUCCAUCAGAAGCUGCUAUUUCUGAAGUUAAGAAAAGGGAAGAGUUACUAAAAGAAAGAAAACAAAAAUGGAUGUCAGCGUACGAGAACUACCCCUAUGACUUGAUGCAGGAGCAAGACGAGAUAGAUGAUGACAAUUCCUUCACUCCACUAGUGAACUAUGGGACCCCUGAUCCAAAAUCCAGAAUCAGCAAAAUUCCCUGUGGAGGUUGCGGGGCCUUUUUACACUGCAAAGACGCCUCCAUCCCCGGAUAUAUUCCGUCAGAAAUCUUCAAAACUUUCCGCACCCACGAAGUGGAAGAGAUACGCAGUAUCGUGUGUCAACGUUGCUAUUUCCUCAAGGAAUUCAACACCGCCCUUCAAGUACGAGUAUCACCCGACGAGUACCCCAAAGUGCUCGAAGUGAUAAGACGCGAGAAAGCAUUGAUUUUGUUACUGAUCGACCUGCUGGACUUCCCGUGCUCCAUAUGGCCUGGCAUAACUGACAUAAUAGGCAGGAAGAAGCCAGUAAUGAUCAUCGGUAACAAGGUUGAUCUCCUCCCCUCCGAUAGCAGCUCGUAUUUGACACGUAUUAAGACCGUUUUAACUGAAAGCGUAAAAGAAAUGGGAUUGGAAGCCACCAACGUGGUACAUACCGCCCUUAUAUCGGCUCUGACCGGUUGGGGGGUGGAGGAGCUAAUCACAAAGAUCCACAGCGUAUGGGGAACAAAGGGGGACAUCUACCUGGUCGGAUGUACCAAUGUGGGAAAGUCCAGUUUGUUCAACGUUUUGCUCCAAUCCGACUUUUGUAAAGUCAAAGCGUCUGAUUUGAUCCACAGGGCAACGACAAGUUGCUGGCCGGGUACUACCCUGAAUCUGCUGAAGUUCCCGAUCCUCAGGCCUUCAGGAUGGCGCUUGUACGUACGCACCAAACGUCUUAAUUCGAGUAACAGGAUCGCGGCCAUGGAACGUAGGCUGAGAAAGGAGAUGCUGAAGCAAACGAGAAAUCCCAAAUACGCAACGUUGAUUGGCCACAUAGAUAAAACAUUUUCGGAAAAUGGAAUGGAGAAGCAACGUGAAUUUUCUUCCCCGGAACAGAUGGGAAUCGACGCGACUGAUCCCGAAUACGCUAUGGGGAAAUGGUGUUACGAUACACCGGGUGUUGUCCGGCCAGAUCAAAUAAUCCACCUUCUCACUACCGAAGAGUUGACCAAAACCUUGCCCAAAAAGCUCAUAAGGCCAUACACCAUUCGAGUAAAACAAAAUAGUACCGUUUUUAUCGCUGGUUUAGCCCGGUUGGACUAUUUAAAAGGUCCCGAUAGCGUUCUUCUGACAAUAUUUCGUUCAGAACAUCUCCCUAUUACGGUCUGUAAGACCGAGGAUGCGGAGGAGUUGUACGAAACGUUUGUCGGGACGGAGAUGCUUUCGGUACCAGAAGGUACUGACCAACGGUUACGGGAAUGGCCGGGAUUAAAAGCGGGCGAUUCGAUGACGAUAGACGGAAUCCAUUGGGAUGUUUCUUGUGGUGAUAUAGUGUUAUCUAAUGCGGGAUGGAUUACAGUGACUUUCGGCGGUGACGUAAAAGCUGAAUUCAAACCAUGGACACCUGAAGCCCGAGGGAUAUUUUUACGGAAAAGUUUAUUGCCGUUUGCAGUUACACUAAGAGGGAAGAAAAUUAGAAGAAGUUUAGCUUAUACGUCAAAUAAAAUAUUCAUUGAAUAA